AUGGGCCUCGUCAACCCCUCAACAGUCCUUGCCGCGGGCAUUGUCUCCGUCUUGUUGUAUGCCAUUUUUGGCCAGCCCAAGUUAAGAAAGCAUGGUGUUCCAUUACGAUGGCACGGACAGGUUCGGGUCCAGCAGAGCAUUGACUUUUUGCCCAGACGACCUCCUGGCACCCUACCCCUUGCUGGCAAUGGCAUCAACUUCCUCAGAGAUCGGCAAAAGUUGUUCAAAUGGUUCACCAAGUGCGAGCAGCUCUACGGCUAUGAGACGUUGCAGAUAUCCGUGCCAAGUCUGCCACCUGGCGUCAUCAUCAGUGACCCAAGGAACCUCGACUACGUCUUCAAAAACGAGGGCAUAUUUGCCAAAGGCGAGUUCUUCAAAGGGCGGUCGAGAGACUUGUUCGGAAACGGCAUCAUCAAUGUUGAUGGCGACUUGUGGAGAUUACAGCGCAAGGCCGGGCUCAACUUCCUCAACACGUCAAACUUGAGAGUCCUGACAGAUGUGGCUCUGCCGGAGUACCUAUCGAGGAGUGUUGCCUUCCUGAAGAGCAAGACCGACAAGGAUGUCGUUGACCUACAAGCCGUUUUUCACGAGAUCACCACACAACUCAUGGGAAAGAUGGCGUACAACCUAGCCAUUGACAAUGACCUUUCCGCUGACUCGUGGGCCCAGAUGGAGAUGCAUGCCGAAGAUGAGUUCGGCCUGGCUUUCGACUACGCGUCUGGUGUGACCGCCGAACGCUUUCAAAAUCCUCUGUGGAUCGUCACCGAACUAUUCACUGGCGCUCACCUGCGGAAGUCCAUAUCGGUCGUGAAAUCGUUCGGACAGGGCAUCGUCUGUAGUGCCAUGAAAGACAGGAAAAUCCGUGCUGAACCCGAAAAGAAGGUUCCCAAUGUCGCCAGCAACGAUACGCUGGAUCAUAUCUCGGGCAGUUUGAUCCAGUCGUUCUUGGACUCUAUUGGGGAUGAGCAGCUGGUCGCUGAUGCUGCGUUGAACUACCUCUCUGCCGGCAAAGACACCACGGCACAAGCACUGACGUGGACGUUUUACUUGCUAAUGAAACACCCCGAGGUCAUGGUCAAGGUUCGCGAAGAAAUCGAUCGAGUUACGGAGGGCAGCGAGGAUUUCCUCGAGAAGGCCAUCUCAGAACGGGCCAGCCCAAAUUCGAUGCCAUACGUCUUCGCAGUCUUCUGCGAAGCCCUGCGCAUCUUCCCGCCCAUUCCCUUCGAGAUCAAGCAGGCGGUACAGGCGACCACUCUACCGGACGGAACCUUUCUGCCUCAAGAUUCCGUCAUCGUGUGGUGCACCUGGGCAAUGAACCGAUCACGCGUCACAUGGGGCCCCGACGCGGACGAGUUUCGCCCUGAACGUUGGCUGGUUGAUGGCAAGGUAGUCAACAAGAGCACCUCAGAGUUUCCCGUCUUCAACGGCGGGCCUAGAACGUGCCUAGGCAAGAAGAUGGCAGAGAUUAUUGCCGUGCAGGUCAUCGCCACGGUGGCUGGCCUUUUCGACUGUGCAAUAGUGGACAACUCGACGAGGGUCAGUAAGAGCAGCCUUACGCUCCCGAUGAAGGAUGGUCUUCCUAGUUUUGUACGUCGCAGGGCUGCUGUCUUAGAGUAA